UUCAGCUACAGAUCUAUCUUUGGUGCAUAACUUUUUUCAGAUGCUGAUUAGAUGAAUGCAUUUCUUCUCAUAUUCAUUCUCCAUUGCACAGUUUCUCUGAACAGUGUGGCUACCUGCCUGCAUUCCUUAGUGUGUGGCAGAUGUUUAUGGGGGUAUCUUUUCUUUGCAGGUUUGAUAUGUCUUUGAGCAUUUCACUCCCUGCAUACAAUACUUGGUUUCAGAUGCAGGGAUAAAGCAUAGCUUUUGUUCUUUUAACCACCUUAAUCAACUCUUGGCUAUUCCAACCUCUCUUCUUUGACCCCUCUGUGCUCAGUGAAGGUGCUUAAGGUUGGCUGGAGCAUUUGCCUCACUAUUGGACUGAUGCUGCUGCUGGUAACUGAUACAUCUCUGAACAUCUAAAGGAUCUGGAGGAAAACUUGCACAGAGUGAUGGGCAGUGCUGGCCAAGGUCUGGCUGCUCUGCCCCACAGCCGGGUCACCCUUCAGGAUCCUGUGCUCUUUUCUGGCCUGGAGAAGCUACCUCUUGCUCAAGACCCUGACAGCCCAAGCUGGCGGUCCCUUGACAGCCCAAGCCCCCCUGCUACACCUGAGCAAAGCCUUCCCACCUUUUGCCUGCAGUACUUUAAUAUGCUCUACCCAGAUGACAGCAAUUGGGUCCCAAAGAGUUUGGGUGAAACUCACCAACACUGCAGUCAAGGAAGCAGGACAGAAGUGCCUAAGGAACCUGAGCAGUGCCCUAUCAUUGACAGUCAAGGAUUGAGCCUUACCCCUGAGAUGGAUUAUCAAGCCAGUCUUCACCUUGAGGAGCACUCCCUGGAACAGGUGCAAACAAUGGUGGUGGGUGAAGUGCUCAAGGACAUUGAAACAGCUUGUAAGCUGCUCAACAUUGCCGCAGACCCGGCAGACUGGAGUCCAGGAAACGUCCAGAAGUGGAUCUUAUGGACAGAACACCAAUAUCGAUUGCCCCAGAUUGGAAAAUCAUUCCAAGACUUGUCUGGAAAGGACCUAUGUGACAUGUCUGAGGAAGAGUUCCGUCAACGUUCUCCACCAUGUGGUGAUGUUUUACAUGCUCAUCUAGACAUUUGGAAGUCAGCUGCCUGGAUGAAAGAAAAAACUGCUCCUGGAGAGCUGCAUUACUGUGGCAGUGAAGAGAACUGGACAGACAGUGAGGUAGAUUCAUCCUGCUCAGGCCAGCCCAUUCACCUAUGGCAGUUUUUGAAAGAGCUUCUGCUGAAGCCUCAUAACUAUGGUCGCUUCAUUCGUUGGCUCAAUAAGGAAAAAGGUAUAUUUAAGAUUGAAGAUUCAGCCCAGGUGGCUCGGCUAUGGGGAAUCCGGAAGAACCGGCCUGCCAUGAACUACGACAAGCUGAGCCGCUCAAUUCGGCAAUAUUAUAAGAAAGGGAUCAUCAGGAAACCAGAUAUCUCCCAGAGGCUGGUCUACCAAUUUGUACACCCCGUCUGAAAAGCAGAGCAAAUAGAAUAAAUUCAGAAUAACUGAUUCCUUUGUGAGCUGGAGGACAACUGGAAACAUAGCAUCCUUUAUCCUCUGCAAUGUUGAUAGAGCUAAAAGCAACUGUUGACGAAGAGGCAGGGUGCCCAUUGGAUUUGGCUGGUGAACUGUAGAGAUUCCUGUGAGCCCUAAUUGUGUCUGGGAAACAGGAAACAAAUAAACAUUUAUUGUUAAAGUAAAAUAGCAAAAAGGAAGUGAACUGGGCCACUCAGAUUUCAUUCUAGGCUUUGUGGUUUUGUAGGUUUAUUUCACUUUAAAAGAAAAAAAAUAAUUUAAAUAUCUCCAGCUACACGGUAUGGGAAUCCAAAGAAGGUGGGAAUUUGAUGGAAAGGGAAAGAGAAUACUGACGCUGUAGGGACUUGGAGUCUACGUUGCCUCCUUUCCAUUAUAACAAUUGGAAGACUACUGAGAUCAAAGGAGCAAUGUAACAUUGUUUGCAACUUUGUAAAUUAAAACAGUGGGCAAUUAUAAUAUUGAGUAGCAAUCUUCUGAUCUAUCUGAAAGUUCCUAUACUCUCUAACCUUCCUUUUCUUUCUGUGAAACAAGCAGAAAUCUCAAGAGCCCAUUCUUUGACAGCAGAAACGAGCUUGGGAGCAAUACUUCCAAUGAUUUUCUGAUCUGCUUUUUUUCCUCCUACCCUUAGCACAACAGUUGGGCUUUGAUAUUUGGAGUUUGAUAUUGGAGAAAAACUAAGAAUCAUGAAUUCGGUUUCAGAAUAAUGGUGUAGCAAUAGUUCAGAAUCUGGCUGGCCCUGUUGUAUGGGGACUAUGUUGGUUAGGGGAAUGCAAAAUUGUAGUCUAACUCUGGGGAGCAGGCCAGAAAGUCUGUCCAGGUUUGAUAUUAAUGAACUUGAUUAGUUUUCCAUAUAUGCAGUGAAUGAAAGUAGUCACUGUUUUGGGUAUUGUUAACAGAAGGACAGAGUCACCCAUUCUUGGUGUGUGAACAAACCUCACUUGAGGGAAAGACAAUAGGAUUGUGCAAAGCAGCCUCCUGCUGAAGCUCAGGCUGACCCAAAACAAGAACAAUUUGGCACCUGCUUGCCUGUGGAGGCCAACUAGCUGAGCAUCUGAGAAACACUGAAGAAAGCAGACAGCCCCCCACCCCCCAAGGCUGCCUGAACAUGAUCCUGGCCAUGAUACAGGUGUAUGAACAGCACCUGGAUGCCUAUGCAGAUCCCUGGAGGAGGAUAAUUAUUCCAAAAUCAGAUAAACUCUCUUGCAGUAGAUUUCCUGAAAUUAUGCUGCAAUUUCUGGUAGUGCAGCAACUAUCCUGAGAAUUAAAAAUCGCCUCCCAACCAUGUGCCUUUACGGAAAUCACUUUCUCUGUUAAUUGAUGCUCUUGGUUUCCAGGCUGCAAAAUGGCCUGGACCCAUACAAGUCAACAAAGACAGAGAUGCUGGCUGAUGAUCAAAAGGAAGGUCAUUGUGACUCUCCUUGUGUAAGGUAAGUCUUACACUGCCAACUGAGAAUCAAGAGAUAAGAUGAAAUGUAUGUAUGUAGAAGCUGUCUGGGCUACCAGAAAUUAGGAGAGACUGGAUGUGAUGCUAAACAGUGUGGAACUGACACAAUAUUUAGGGGCAAAAGAAUUAUGGCCAAAAAUUUUAAGGGAAUGUAUAUGAAAACCUAUCAUUACUAAUAUCUGCUUCCAGAAAAAGAAGAUGCAUUAUUCUUUUGCAGAAAAAACACCAGAGUCUCAUGCUCCCAUACAUACUAGCAUAUUGAUUAUGGCAUAAGUAAACUUGUUAAACUUUGAGGUGCCUUAAGACUUUGGUAUUUGACAUAAGAUAAGGUCAAGCCUCCAUGCUGAAUUUAACUCCUGGUGACUUCAUGGGCACAUCUAAAUACAUUUUUUCUUGGAAACAAUUUAAAAGAGAUUUGCCUUUGGCUAGAUGAUGAUGAUGAUGAUGAUGAUGAUGAUGAUGAUGAUGAUAACAAUAAUGGAAUAAGACAAUCUAUCUUACAGCUCUGGUGUUUCCUGGUGAUCUCCUAUGCAGGUAUUAAUCAGGUCUUACUUACCAACUUCCUUGUAACCUUACUUACCUUUUCAAAAUUAGCUAGUGUUAGCUAACUGCUGCCACCAGGAGGAAUAUUGACUUCAUGCACAGCAUAUACAUUUUUAGACUUGUUAGGUAUGUUGUGGUGUGUGUAUAUGUGUAGAAUGAUCUGAGUUAGCUUAUAUGAUGAUAAAUUCAUCCGUCUUUAAGGCAUUAGAAGAUUCUUUGUUAGUAUACCUUUUAUCCUGACAUUAGGAAUAUAAGCCCCUGUGUACUGGACUGGAGUUGAUGUGAGUUUUGUUGUUGUUCAGUCGUUAAGUCGUAUCCGACUCUUUGUGACCCCAUGAACCAUAUUGCGCCAGG